UUUAAAAAACUUAAAUCAUAAUAUUUUAUUAUAUGUCAUAUAUAUCCCUCUUGUCUCGACCUUGCUUCCUCUUCUUCCUUCGCUACAACCCAGAAGAAGAAGAAGACGACGACGACGAACAAGAUAUCAUUUGCCGGCGGCGGCUCACAACUGAUAACCACUACGGACCUCUUCGCCUUCCUCUCUACCUCUCUUUUGCUCUACAACAUAAUUUCUCAACAAGGAACGUAAAUUUGGAUCCCAAACCUCAACCAAUUUCCCCCUAAAAUUAACCUAGGGUUUCAUUAUUUUCUCUCUGAACACUCAUCUCUAGCCUUCUCGAUCGUCUUCUUCUGCUGUCUGAGUGUGUGCAGAAAUUGAUGUGAUUAUAAUACAUGCGAAAGCAGAAUAUUAGGGGACAAUGGCUGUUCAGGCUCCUGCUAGACCGAGUCUUUGUGAUGAGGAUUCUGAUGAUGAAAAGCCUUUAAGUUUUAAGAGGAGUGUUUCAACAUCCAGGCAGAACCAAUUGAAUGCAGAAUUAAAGAGACCUGUUUUACAGAGGUCCGAUGGACAGUCAGCAAGACCGGUUUCGGAAAGAAUGGGUAUGAAUGGUAUAAACUCCAGCUCCCAAAAGGGUAAGGUGGUUCAAUCAAGUAAGACAUCAUCAGUGGUGAAGUCCCCCAUUGGCAGUCCAAAAGCUUCAACUGUAAGGACCACACCAGUGAAGUCUCCAGUAGCAAAUUCAAUUACAUCUAAUUCGUUAGUUGGCCAGUCUAAAUCUUUAUCCGAAAAAAAUAAGUCUAGUGUUGUUAAGGAAGAAAGAAGUUCUGCCAAACAACCUAUAAAAUCGGAGGAUGACUCUGAAGAUAUGGAAGAUGAUUUACCUUUAAGUGUACGAGUAAAGACAAGUCAGGGCAAUAAGAGUCUUAAAAAUCCAACCACUGGACUGCCAAUGACAAAGAGUAUUGUCAAAAACCCCAAGGACGACUCGGAUGAUGAGCCUUUGGUCAAUAGGUUUCCGAAAUCCAAUGCGGGAACAUCAGGUAGUAAGCCUUACGAUCGUGGUGAUAAGAAGCCACUGUUGAGUACAAGUAAACAGAAUGGUUCCACCAUGACAGAUGGGAAAAAACCUCUAAACACUAAUAUGAAGAGGCCUUUGGAUAGGGAAAAAGAUGCUUCAUCGGUUAAAAAGCCAAAGCUUUCAGAUUCACCUGCAUUGUUGAAAAAUAAGCAGCCAUCAGUGAAGACAGAAGAUACUUCUUCGGUUAAAAAGCCAAAGCUUUCAGAUUCACCUGCACUGUUGAAAAAUAAGCAGGUAUCAGUGAAGACUGAAGAUACUUCUUCGGUUAAAAAGCCAAAGCUUUCAGAUUCACCUGCACUGGUGAAAAAUAAGCAGGUAUCAGUGAAGGCUGAAUCCAAGGUAGAUGAUGAGGAUGAUGAUGAUGAUCAUGUUCCAAUUGCCCAAAGAAUUAAGAAGCCACUUCCUGCCUCAAAUAAUAAAACAUCUACCUCGAAGCAAAAGGUCACAAAAACAAUUUCUUCAUUCAAGAAAAAUAGCAAGUUUAAAAAGGUGGUGAAAAAUUCAAAAUAUUCCAAGUCAACUAAGUUGUCUCCUAGCUCUGGUGAUGGCCAGAAAAAAUGGACGACCUUGGAACACAAUGGUGUUAUUUUCCCUCCUCCCUACCAACCUCAUGGGGUAAAGAUGCUUUACAACGGAAAGCCAGUUGUCUUAACUCCUGCACAGGAGGAGGUUGCUACAAUGUUUGCAGUCAUGAAAGACACAGAAUACGCACUUAAAAAGGUCUUCAGAGAGAAUUUCUGGAAUGAUUGGCGAAAGUUACUUGGCAAAGGCCAUAUAAUUCAAAAAUUAGACUUAUGUGAUUUUACUCCAAUAUAUGACUGGUACCAAAAUGAGAAGGAGAAGAAGAAACAAAUGAGUUCGGAUGAGAAAAAAGCCUUGAAGGAGGAAAAACUGAAACAAGAGGAAAAAUAUAUGUGGGCUAUUGUUGAUGGUGUUAAAGAGAAGGUUGGUAAUUUCAGAGUUGAACCGCCUGGAUUAUUCCGAGGUCGCGGGGAGCAUCCAAAGUCUGGAAAGCUGAAAAGACGAAUUCGGCCAAGUGAUGUCACUAUAAAUGUAGGAAAGGAUGCUCCAGUUCCAGAAUGCCCCAUCCCUGGUGAAAGUUGGAAAGAAGUAAGGCACGACAACACUGUAACAUGGUUAGCUUUCUGGAACGAUCCCAUCAAUCCAAAAGAAUUCAAAUAUGUGUUUCUGGCGGCUAGUAGCUCUUUAAAAGGGCAAAGUGACAAGGAAAAAUAUGAGAAAGCAAGGAUGUUGAAGGGCUAUAUACAGAAUAUACGAACUGCGUACACGAAGGACUUUACAAGCAGAGAUGUGACGAAGAGACAAAUAGCAGUUGCUACCUAUCUUAUUGAUAAACUUGCUCUGAGGGCUGGGAAUGAGAAGGAUGAUGAUGAAGCAGAUACUGUUGGUUGUUGUACAUUGAAAGUAGAGAAUGUAAAACCAAUACCCCCCAACAAGUUGGAGUUUAACUUCCUCGGUAAAGAUUCAAUCAGAUACGAAAACACUGUGGAAGUUGAACUUCCUGUUUAUAAAGCAAUCAUGCAGUUUCAAUCUGGGAAAAAGGGGGGCGAUGAUCUUUUUGACUUGCUGGAUACCAGUAAACUGAAUGCUCAUCUUAAAGAGCUCAUGCCUGGACUUACAGCAAAAGUUUUCCGUACUUUUAAUGCCUCGAUUACCUUGGAUGAUAUGUUGAGUCAAGAAACCAAAGAUGGAGACCUUGAAGAGAAAAAGACUGUUUAUAAUACUGCAAACAAGCAGGUUGCUAUCAUUUGUAACCAUCAACGUACCAUAUCCAAAUCGCAUGAGGCACAAAUGACAAAACUAAUGGAGAAAGUUCGUGAACUUGAGGAUGUUCUUACAGAGCUUAAGGUAGAUUUAGACAGGGCAAGAAAAGGAAAGCCUCCUUUGAAAGACGCCGAUGGAAAGACAAAGAGAAACUUAAGCCCCGAAGCGUUAGAGAAAAAGAUAGCUCAGACAAACACAAAGAUAGAGAAAAUAAAACGGGACAUGCAUAACAAAGAGGAUACGAAAACAGUGGCGUUAGGCACAUCAAAAAUCAAUUACCUUGACCCUAGGAUCACAGUUGCGUGGUGCAAAAGACAUGAGGUUCCCAUUGAGAAGAUUUUCAACAAGUCUCUCCUGGCAAAGUUUGCAUGGGCAAUGGAUGUCGACCCGGACUUCAGAUUCUGAUACUCGGAUUUAAAUGAUGAGCGGCGCCAACCGUCUCUGCCUUUUACCAAGAGAAGGCCCCAAAAGUAGAAAAGGAGGAGAAAGAACUUUGUUUCUUGUUCAAUUAUAGAUAUUCACAUUUUUUUUCCCCUUUAAUUGUUGCAGCGGAAAUUUAAUGCUAUUGUACAUCUAAUCUAAUGAUGAUGGCAGAGUUGGCCCUUCUUUUUCUUCAUACUUCUAUUUUUUCUUUUCUUUCUUUUCCCAAAUAGAAAUUGUUAUCAAUUGUUUAUUUGGACUUUCAUACUAAUGAUUUUGAAAUAACAUUGACUAACUCUUAGUAACAACAAUUUUUUUAUA